UGAAAGACGAUUUUACUGCAGUCACACCCAAGUCAUGACUAAUAGCUGUGUCGACUUGAAUUUCCUGAUUUGUUGAGUGCUUUCGUUCGACCGCCAACGAGUAUUAGUUCAAGCAGGUGAAAGUCCGUCUGUGCCAUACUCAAAUAAACUCCUGAACUAUGUUGCCCCAGUCUGCACAGCAAAUCAGACCUCAGCAGACCCAUCAAUCUCAACAACAACAAGGAAAUGUCUCAUUCAUCCCCCAGAAUUCACCUCAAAACUUUGAGACAGCCCAGUACUUCACUAGUACUCUUGAUCUCAAUGCUGCUGCAAAGCAAAUGGCAGCCAUGAGUGCUGCAGGAGUCCAAAGACAAAUGGCAAACGUCAACGGCCGCUCGUCUGCGUCUGUUAGCGGAGUAUCUCCGGGAUCAUAUCUCGGCGGAAUGUCAUCCUCUUAUAACCAACCAAGCGGCUUUACUGGGCCACCUCACGAUACUACAAAUUCGAUGCAAUUCAAUCCCACAGCUUCGUCAGGUCAAUCAAAUCCCCAAGGUAUCUACCCUGCCCAACAGACCACCAAUGCCCCCCCAAAUCCUUCUCUAAACGCACCCAUGUCUCAUCCAAACUUCACCGCAUCUGAUGUUGCCAAGCACCGACAGCGAACUUUCCUUACAGGAUUGGCCAGCGCCCAUGCUUCUCGCGUUCCCUUGCCGCCGGCUUUAACUGGAACCCCAUACCCACCCGGUUAUGACCCUACAAAUUCGCAAUGGAAGUAUUUGGAUUGCCCACCAGGUCAGCCGGGUGUCAUCCGCUUGGGCGGCAAGGACAUUGAUCUCCUGAGGUUAUGGCAAAUUGCAACUCAAUUGGGAGGAUGGCAAAAUAUCACACAACAACAGAAUGGCUGGGCACAGGUCGCUCACCAGUUCGACCUGCCAGAGUACCUUCCUCAUCUAUCGAAUCCUGGGCAGCAGCGCCCCGUUGGUCAAAUUCUGGGACAUUUAUACGCCGCCAUCUUAAAGCCAUUCGACGAGUUUUAUCGUCGUAACAUGCAGGAGGGCAACCGUAGGGCAAUGGCAGCUGGACGCCAACCAGGCCUUAAUACGGGACCUCCCAACGUGAAUGCGGGGCCUGGUGCACCUCAUGUAGGAUUACAGCCAGCCCUUAAUACGGGACCCCCCAACGUGAAUGCAGGGCCUGGUGCACCUCAUGUCGGAUUACAGCCAGGAACAAUUGGCCCAAAUGCAAUCGGCGGCAUGAUGGCACAGCACACAGUUAACAAUCAAAACUCCACUAUCAGCCCUGCCUCUCAGUCACAGCCACUACCACAAAGUCCUCAUUUACGCCAAUCUUCUGCGCCUAAUUUUCAAUCCCCCGCCAUUCCCUCAGAUUCCACGCCUCAGGCUUCAUCGCAGCUCAACACUUCAAUUUCUGCACCCCAGCUUAUGAAACCAACACCGGAUACAUCUGAACUAGAAACCCAAGGGACGAAGAGAAGACUAGAGUCCGAAGAGGCAGAAGGGAAACGAGCAAGGCAAAAGACAGAUCCGCCAGAUACUACCGAGACUACUAAUACCACAACACCACAAGGAUCCGUCCCGGGAGCUCCCCCCUCGCGCACACAAUUUACGAGGACAAAAGUCGAGUACAUUCCCCUGUCACGCGAAAUUGAUUUCACUGGCGGCCGUGAUUUCAAUGCGCUGGAAGAGGAUUAUCUUCGGUCUCAGCGGCGGCCCAUGCGUGAUAUCAAUGAGUGGGGAACGGUUGACAUUGAAGCCCUUACAAUGUCCAUCCGAUCGCGAUUGAAUGCCGAGCUUUCCUACGCUUUAACGACAAUCACGUUGUUGUCUACGAUGCGGGGUCCAACCCCUGGGUCUGGAUUUCCCAUUUCACAAUGCACAGAUUUGCUCGAGGAGGUGCUCGACCUACUUGAGGAGGAAGCAUUUGGGUCCACCCCCGACAUCACGGAUUAUCGGCUGGGCAAUGGUGCUGAGAUGGUGCGACAUCGGGCGCUUGUGGAUGAUGUUUUCGAGAAGGAGUCCAUGCUCUUUGCAGGGUUAGAAAUCCGUGACCCUCAGUAUGAGACACGUGGUCCAGGGCACCGUGCAGGCAAUAUUGUGCUCGCUGUGACUAACCUCAUACGAAACCUCUCCGUCACCCCAGACAAUAUGCCCUGUCUGGCCAGACAUGAACGCACACUCGAUCUUGUGCUGCGUGUUUGUGGUAUCACCGUGUCAUCAGACGGAAUACCCAGACCAACUUCACCGGCACUCGCUCUCUCAGAUGUGAUCAAUGUUCGAAAAGAUGCGCUUCACAUUUUUGGUAAUCUAUCGAAUUAUAUCGUGUUCCUGAAUCCUAAUUCUCCGUCGAACACAACGACUCUCACUGCGAGCCGCAUCCUCGAAAUCAUCGCGUCUAUCCUCAUAGAGCCCUUCGACUCAGUUCCCCCUACACAAUUUCUCAAACAAAGUGGGGUUCCUUUCCCGCACAGCAGACCAUCAUCUAUUGCCGACCUUGCCCUCGACGUUUUCACCCGCCUCGGUCAGCUGGACUCUAAUCGGCAGGUUUUCUCUAGGGUCAUGCCCCAAUCUCUCAUUUGGCGAUUAUUGGAGUCUCUCGUUCAUCGUCUACCAGUAACAGACCUCGACUUUGCUUUCCUCGGCCGGGACCCAUGGCUAUCUUACUUGGAAAAGUCAAUCAUGGCGAUCUAUACGAUCGCAUUCUUUUCUCCCCCAGAAUUAAAGAAAAAGAUCAAAACGGAUCGCCCUCUGUGUUUCUCACAAGUUAUGAUUCGUAUAGUGCAACGAUUCGUAUCAAUGGGUGGGAGCCAAGAGGUGCGCCAGUGGCACCUUGCCGUUGCUCGCAGAGCGGUAGAAGCCAUGAAAGUGGUAGAUGAAGAGGACGAUGCUUUUGACACCUCGCAGUCCACUCAAACUACGCUGGCAUUUGGCAUGGGCUUUAUUGAUGGUAAUGAUUCCGGUAUUGAAAAGGGUAUAGGGUUGCUUGCUAGCCGCCGGGACGCUGCUUGGGAAUUGUUGAUGCGAGAUCUGGAUCCUGUGAUGUUUUCGGAGCUGGAGAGUUUGAUGAGAGUUGAAUGUUAGUCUUUUGCUAGCUUUGCGGGACGGUACUGUUGGUUGUAACGUCUUGUAUACUAACUCCAGCGUUCUGUACAUUUUGCUGUCGAUACUAUUGUUAUGUAACUCUGGAUAUCCAUGUCAACUGUCGAAUUUGUUGUACAAUCCUUCCAGACAUUUGAUCUGUCUCUGAC